AUGUCAAAUGAAACAGCGUCUAUGAGAGAAAUACAACACAACCGACAACUCAUUAUGCAAGCUCUAAAUAAGAACACAACAAACUUUUCAAACUAUUCUAAGAUAUCUGAGUCAUUGAAAGAAGGAAACCUAAAACUGACAUUAAACCCAAUGACAGAUGAGUUUCUGUUUCAAGACAAUAAGAACCAUACUGUUUGUAUAAAUCCAACAAAACGAACUUUAAACGAGAAACCUAUAGAUGAACUUCUUUUGAAAGCAGAUGUUGACAACAAAGCUGACAAAGAGUAUGUAGACGAUGCAAUAGCAAAAGAAGAAGAAAGAGCUAACAAAGCUUAUGCAACGAAAGAGGAUGUUGAAAAGAAAGCAGAUAAAACAUAUGUUGACGAUGAGUUAGCAUGUGUGGCUAGUGCGUUAGUGAAGA